AUCCCUCUGCACUCAGAUCCCUCCGCACUCAGAUCCCUCUGCACUCAGAUCCCUCUGCACUCAGAUCCCUUGCACUCAGAUUCCUCCGCACUCAGAUCCCUCUGCACUCAGAUCCCUCCGCACUCAGAUUCCUCCGCACUCAGAUCCCUCCGCACUCAGAUCCCUCUGCACUCAGAUCCCUCUGCACUCAGAUUCCUCCGCACUCAGAUCCCUCUGCACUCAGAUCCCUCUGCACUCAGAUCCCUCUGCACUCAGAUCCCUCUGCACUCAGAUUCCUCCGCACUCAGAUCCCUCCGCACUCAGAUCCCUCUGCACUCAGAUCCCUCCGCACUCAGAUCCCUCUGCACUCAGAUCCCUCCGCACUCAGAUCCCUCCGCACUCAGAUCCCUCCGCACUCAGAUCCCUCCGCACUCAGAUCCUCCGCACUCAGAUCCCUCCGCACUCAGAUCCCUCCGCACUCAGAUCCCUCCGCACUCAGAUCCCUCCGCACUCAGAUCCCUCCGCACUCAGAUCCCUCUGCACUCAGAUCCUCUCUCGCACUCAGAUCCCUCUGCACUCAGAUUCCUCCGCACUCAGAUCCCUCUGCACUCAGAUCCCUCUGCACUCAGAUCCCUCCGCACUCAGAUUCCUCCGCACUCAGAUCCCUCCGCACUCAGAUCCCUCCGCACUCAGAUCCCUCUGCACUCAGAUCCCUCUGCACUCAGAUCCCUCUGCACUCAGAUCCCUCUGCACUCAGAUCCCUCUGCACUCAGAUCCCUCCGCACUCAGAUCCCUCUGCACUCAGAUCCCUCUGCACUCAGAUCCCUCUACACUCAGAUUCCUCCGCACUCAGAUCCCUCCGCACUCAGAUCCCUCCGCACUCAGAUUCCUCCGCACUCAGAUCCCUCUGCACUCAGAUCCCUCCGCACUCAGAUUCCUCCGCACUCAGAUCCCUCCGCACUCAGAUCCCUCCGCACUCAGAUCCCUCCGCACUCAGAUCCCUCCGCACUCAGAUCCUCCGCACUCAGAUCCCUCCGCACUCAGAUCCCUCCGCACUCAGAUCCCUCCGCACUCAGAUCCCUCCGCACUCAGAUCCCUCUGCACUCAGAUCCCUCUGCACUCAGAUCCCUCCGCACUCAGAUCCCUCUGCACUCAGAUCCCUCCGCACUCAGAUCCCUCUGCACUCAGAUCCCUCCGCACUCAGAUCCCUCUGCACUCAGAUCCCUCUGCACUCAGAUUCCUCCGCACUCAGAUCCCUCCGCACUCAGAUCCCUCCGCACUCAGAUCCCUCCGCACUCAGAUCCCUCUGCACUCAGAUCCCUCCGCACUCAGAUUCCUCCGCACUCAGAUCCCUCCGCACUCAGAUCCCUCCGCACUCAGAUCCCUCCGCACUCAGAUCCCUCCGCACUCAGAUCCCUCCGCACUCAGAUCCCUCCGCACUCAGAUCCCUCCGCACUCAGAUCCCUCCGCACUCAGAUCCCUCCGCACUCAGAUCCCUCCGCACUCAGAUCCCUCUGCACUCAGAUCCCUCCGCACUCAGAUCCCUCCGCACUCAGAUCCCUCCGCACUCAGAUCCCUCUGCACUCAGAUCCCUCUGCACUCAGAUCCUCCGCACUCAGAUCCCUCUGCACUCAGAUCCCUCUGCACUCAGAUCCCUCCGCACUCAGAUCCCUCCGCACUCAGAUCCCUCCGCACUCAGAUCCCUCCGCACUCAGAUCCCUCCGCACUCAGAUCCCUCCGCACUCAGAUCCCUCCGCACUCAGAUCCCUCCGCACUCAGAUCCCUCCGCACUCAGAUCCCUCCGCACUCAGAUUCCUCCGCACUCAGAUCCCUCCGCACUCAGAUCCCUCCGCACUCAGAUCCCUCCGCACUCAGAUCCCUCCGCACUCAGAUCCCUCCGCACUCAGAUCCCUCCGCACUCAGAUCCCUCCGCACUCAGAUCCCUCCGCACUCAGAUCCCUCCGCACUCAGAUCCCUCCGCACUCAGAUCCCUCCGCACUCAGAUCCCUCCGCACUCAGAUCCCUCCGCACUCAGAUCCCUCCGCACUCAGAUCCCUCCGCACUCAGAUCCCUCUGCACUCAGAUCCCUCUGCACUCAGAUCCCUCGCACUCAGAUCCCUCCGCACUCAGAUCCCUCUGCACUCAGAUCCCUCCGCACUCAGAUCCCUCUGCACUCAGAUCCCUCCGCACUCAGAUCCCUCUGCACUCAGAUCCCUCUGCACUCAGAUCCCUCCGCACUCAGAUCCUCUGCACUCAGAUCCCUCCUGCACUCAGAUCCCUCCGCACUCAGAUCCCUCCGCACUCAGAUCCCUCUGCACUCAGAUCCCUCUGCACUCAGAUCCCUCCGCACUCAGAUCCCUCCGCACUCAGAUCCCUCUGCACUCAGAUCCCUCUGCACUCAGAUUCCUCCGCACUCAGAUCCCUCCGCACUCAGAUCCCUCUGCACUCAGAUCCCUCUGCACUCAGAUCCCUCCGCACUCAGAUUCCUCCGCACUCAGAUCCCUCCGCACUCAGAUCCCUCUGCACUCAGAUCCCUCUGCACUCAGAUCCCUCUGCACUCAGAUCCCUCCGCACUCAGAUCCCUCCGCACUCAGAUCCCUCCGCACUCAGAUCCCUCCGCACUCAGAUUCCUCCGCACUCAGAUCCCUCCGCACUCAGAUCCCUCCGCACUCAGAUCCCUCCGCACUCAGAUCCCUCCGCACUCAGAUCCCUCCGCACUCAGAUCCCUCUGCACUCAGAUCCCUCUGCACUCAGAUCCCUCUGCACUCAGAUCCCUCCGCACUCAGAUCCCUCUGCACUCAGAUCCCUCUGCACUCAGAUCCCUCUGCACUCAGAUCCCUCCGCACUCAGAUCCCUCCGCACUCAGAUCCCUCCGCACUCAGAUCCCUCCGCACUCAGAUCCCUCUGCACUCAGAUCCCUCUGCACUCAGAUCCCUCUGCACUCAGAUCCCUCUGCACUCAGAUCCCUCCGCACUCAGAUCCCUCUGCACUCAGAUCCCUCCGCACUCAGAUCCCUCUGCACUCAGAUUCCUCCGCACUCAGAUCCCUCCGCACUCAGAUCCCUCCGCACUCAGAUCCCUCCGCACUCAGAUCCCUCUGCACUCAGAUCCCUCCGCACUCAGAUCCCUCCGCACUCAGAUCCCUCCGCACUCAGAUCCCUCCGCACUCAGAUCCCUCCGCACUCAGAUCCCUCCGCACUCAGAUCCUCCGCACUCAGAUCCCUCCGCACUCAGAUCCCUCCGCACUCAGAUCCCUCCGCACUCAGAUCCCUCCGCACUCAGAUCCCUCUGCACUCAGAUCCCUCUGCACUCAGAUCCCUCCGCACUCAGAUCCCUCUGCACUCAGAUCCCUCCGCACUCAGAUCCCUCUGCACUCAGAUCCCUCCGCACUCAGAUCCCUCUGCACUCAGAUCCCUCUGCACUCAGAUUCCCUCCGCACUCAGAUCCCUCCGCACUCAGAUCCCUCCGCACUCAGAUCCCUCCGCACUCAGAUCCCUCUGCACUCAGAUCCCUCCGCACUCAGAUUCCUCCGCACUCAGAUCCCUCCGCACUCAGAUCCCUCCGCACUCAGAUCCCUCCGCACUCAGAUCCCUCCGCACUCAGAUCCCUCCGCACUCAGAUCCCUCCGCACUCAGAUCCCUCCGCACUCAGAUCCCUCCGCACUCAGAUCCCUCCGCACUCAGAUCCCUCGCACUCAGAUCCCUCUGCACUCAGAUCCCUCCGCACUCAGAUCCCUCCGCACUCAGAUCCCUCCGCACUCAGAUCCCUCUGCACUCAGAUCCCUCUGCACUCAGAUCCCUCCGCACUCAGAUCCCUCUGCACUCAGAUCCUCUGCACUCAGAUCCCUCCGCACUCAGAUCCCUCCGCACUCAGAUCCCUCCGCACUCAGAUCCCUCCGCACUCAGAUCCCUCCGCACUCAGAUCCCUCCGCACUCAGAUCCCUCCGCACUCAGAUCCCUCCGCACUCAGAUCCCUCCGCACUCAGAUCCCUCCGCACUCAGAUUCCUCCGCACUCAGAUCCCUCCGCACUCAGAUCCCUCCGCACUCAGAUCCCUCCGCACUCAGAUCCCUCCGCACUCAGAUCCCUCCGCACUCAGAUCCCUCCGCACUCAGAUCCCUCCGCACUCAGAUCCCUCGCACUCAGAUCCCUCCGCACUCAGAUCCCUCCGCACUCAGAUCCCUCCGCACUCAGAUCCCUCCGCACUCAGAUCCCUCUGCACUCAGAUCCCUCUGCACUCAGAUCCCUCCGCACUCAGAUCCCUCCGCACUCAGAUCCUCCGCACUCAGAUCCCUCUGCACUCAGAUCCCUCUGCACUCAGAUUCCUCCGCACUCAGAUCCCUCUGCACUCAGAUCCCUCCGCACUCAGAUCCCUCUGCACUCAGAUUCCUCCGCACUCAGAUCCCUCUGCACUCAGAUCCCUCCGCACUCAGAUCCCUCUGCACUCAGAUCCCUCCGCACUCAGAUCCCUCCGCACUCAGAUCCCUCUGCACUCAGAUCCCUCUGCACUCAGAUCCCUCUGCACUCAGAUCCCUCCGCACUCAGAUCCCUCUGCACUCAGAUCCCUCUGCACUCAGAUCCCUCUGCACUCAGAUUCCUCCGCACUCAGAUCCCUCCGCACUCAGAUCCCUCUGCACUCAGAUCCCUCUGCACUCAGAUCCCUCUGCACUCAGAUCCCUCCGCACUCAGAUCCCUCUGCACUCAGAUCCCUCCGCACUCAGAUCCCUCUGCACUCAGAUCCCUCCGCACUCAGAUCCCUCUGCACUCAGAUCCCUCUGCACUCAGAUUCCUCCGCACUCAGAUCCCUCUGCACUCAGAUCCCUCUGCACUCAGAUCCCUCCGCACUCAGAUUCCUCCGCACUCAGAUCCCUCUGCACUCAGAUCCCUCUGCACUCAGAUUCCUCCGCACUCAGAUCCCUCCGCACUCAGAUCCCUCUGCACUCAGAUCCCUCUGCACUCAGAUUCCUCCGCACUCAGAUCCUCUCUGCACUCAGAUCCCUCUGCACUCAGAUCCCUCUGCACUCAGAUCCCUCUGCACUCAGAUCCUCCGCACUCAGAUCCCUCCGCACUCAGAUCCCUCUGCACUCAGAUCCCUCGCACUCAGAUCCCUCUGCACUCAGAUCCCUCCACUCAGAUCCCUCCGCACUCAGAUCCCUCCGCACUCAGAUCCCUCCGCACUCAGAUCCUCCGCACUCAGAUCCCUCCGCACUCAGAUCCCUCCGCACUCAGAUCCCUCCGCACUCAGAUCCCUCCGCACUCAGAUCCCUCCGCACUCAGAUCCCUCCGCACUCAGAUCCCUCUGCACUCAGAUCCCUCUGCACUCAGAUCCUCCGCACUCAGAUCCCUCUGCACUCAGAUCCCUCCGCACUCAGAUCCCUCUGCACUCAGAUCCUCCGCACUCAGAUCCCUCCGCACUCAGAUCCCUCCGCACUCAGAUCCCUCUGCACUCAGAUCCCUCCGCACUCAGAUCCCUCUGCACUCAGAUCCCUCUGCACUCAGAUCCCUCUGCACUCAGAUCCUCCGCACUCAGAUCCCUCUGCACUCAGAUCCCUCUGCACUCAGAUCCCUCUCCACUCAGAUCCCUCCGCACUCAGAUCCCUCCGCACUCAGAUCCCUCCGCACUCAGAUCCCUCCGCACUCAGAUCCCUCUGCACUCAGAUUCCUCCGCACUCAGAUCCCUCCGCACUCAGAUCCCUCCGCACUCAGAUCCCUCCGCACUCAGAUCCCUCCGCACUCACAGAUCCCUCCGCACUCAGAUCCCUCCGCACUCAGAUCCCUCCGCACUCAGAUCCCUCCGCACUCAGAUCCCUCCGCACUCAGAUCCCUCCGCACUCAGAUCCCUCCGCACUCAGAUCCCUCUGCACUCAGAUCCCUCUGCACUCAGAUCCCUCCGCACUCAGAUCCUCUGCACUCAGAUCCCUCUGCACUCAGAUCCCUCUGCACUCAGAUCCCUCCGCACUCAGAUCCCUCUGCACUCAGAUCCCUCUGCACUCAGAUUCCUCCGCACUCAGAUCCCUCUGCACUCAGAUCCCUCUGCACUCAGAUCCCUCUGCACUCAGAUCCCUCUGCACUCAGAUCCCUCUGCACUCAGAUCCCUCUGCACUCAGAUCCCUCCGCACUCAGAUCCCUCCGCACUCAGAUCCCUCUGCACUCAGAUCCCUCUGCACUCAGAUUCCUCCGCACUCAGAUCCCUCCGCACUCAGAUCCCUCUGCACUCAGAUCCCUCUGCACUCAGAUCCUCUGCACUCAGAUCCCUCCGCACUCAGAUCCCUCCGCACUCCAGAUCCCUCCGCACUCAGAUUCCUCCGCACUCAGAUCCCUCCGCACUCAGAUCCCUCCGCACUCAGAUCCCUCUGCACUCAGAUCCCUCUGCACUCAGAUCCCUCUGCACUCAGAUCCCUCCGCACUCAGAUCCCUCCGCACUCAGAUCCCUCCGCACUCAGAUCCCUCCGCACUCAGAUCCCUCCGCACUCAGAUCCCUCCGCACUCAGAUCCCUCCGCACUCAGAUCCCUCCGCACUCAGAUCCCUCCGCACUCAGAUCCCUCCGCACUCAGAUCCCUCUGCACUCAGAUCCCUCUGCACUCAGAUCCCUCUGCACUCAGAUUCCUCCGCACUCAGAUCCCUCCGCACUCAGAUCCCUCCGCACUCAGAUCCCUCUGCACUCAGAUCCCUCUGCACUCAGAUCCUCCGCACUCAGAUCCCUCUGCACUCAGAUCCCUCUGCACUCAGAUUCCUCCGCACUCAGAUCCCUCCGCACUCAGAUCCCUCCGCACUCAGAUCCCUCCGCACUCAGAUUCCUCCGCACUCAGAUCCCUCCGCACUCAGAUCCCUCCGCACUCAGAUCCCUCCGCACUCAGAUCCCUCCGCACUCAGAUCCUCCGCACUCAGAUCCCUCUGCACUCAGAUCCCUCUGCACUCAGAUCCCUCUGCACUCAGAUCCCUCCGCACUCAGAUCCCUCCGCACUCAGAUCCUCCGCACUCAGAUCCCUCUGCACUCAGAUCCCUCCGCACUCAGAUCCCUCCGCACUCAGAUCCCUCCGCACUCAGAUCCCUCCGCACUCAGAUCCCUCCGCACUCAGAUCCCUCUGCACUCAGAUCCCUCCGCACUCAGAUCCCUCCGCACUCAGAUCCCUCUGCACUCAGAUCCCUCCGCACUCAGAUCCCUCCGCACUCAGAUCCCUCUGCACUCAGAUCCCUCUGCACUCAGAUUCCUCCGCACUCAGAUCCCUCUGCACUCAGAUCCCUCUGCACUCAGAUCCCUCUGCACUCAGAUCCCUCCGCACUCAGAUCCCUCCGCACUCAGAUCCCUCCGCACUCAGAUUCCUCCGCACUCAGAUCCUCUGCACUCAGAUCCCUCUGCACUCAGAUCCCUCUGCACUCAGAUCCCUCCGCACUCAGAUCCCUCCGCACUCAGAUCCCUCCGCACUCAGAUCCUCCGCACUCAGAUCCCUCCGCACUCAGAUCCCUCCGCACUCAGAUCCCUCCGCACUCAGAUCCCUCUGCACUCAGAUCCCUCUGCACUCAGAUCCCUCCGCACUCAGAUCCCUCCGCACUCAGAUCCCUCCGCACUCAGAUCCCUCCGCACUCAGAUUCCUCCGCACUCAGAUCCCUCCGCACUCAGAUCCCUCCGCACUCAGAUCCCUCCGCACUCAGAUCCCUCCGCACUCAGAUCCCUCUGCACUCAGAUCCCUCUGCACUCAGAUCCCUCCGCACUCAGAUCCCUCCGCACUCAGAUCCCUCCGCACUCAGAUCCCUCCGCACUCAGAUCCUCUGCACUCAGAUCCCUCUGCACUCAGAUUCCUCCGCACUCAGAUCCCUCGACACUCAGAUCCCUCCGCACUCAGAUUCCUCCGCACUCAGAUCCCUCCGCACUCAGAUCCCUCCGCACUCAGAUCCCUCCGCACUCAGAUCCCUCCGCACUCAGAUCCCUCUGCACUCAGAUCCCUCCGCACUCAGAUCCCUCCGCACUCAGAUCCCUCCGCACUCAGAUCCCUCCGCACUCAGAUCCCUCCGCACUCAGAUCCCUCCGCACUCAGAUCCCUCCGCACUCAGAUCCCUCUGCACUCAGAUCCCUCCGCACUCAGAUCCCUCCGCACUCAGAUCCCUCCGCACUCAGAUCCCUCCGCACUCAGAUCCCUCCGCACUCAGAUCCCUCCGCACUCAGAUCCCUCUGCACUCAGAUCCCUCUGCACUCAGAUCCCUCUGCACUCAGAUCCCUCUGCACUCAGAUCCCUCUGCACUCAGAUCCCUCCGCACUCAGAUCCCUCCGCACUCAGAUCCCUCCGCACUCAGAUUCCUCCGCACUCAGAUCCCUCCGCACUCAGAUCCCUCCGCACUCAGAUCCCUCCUGCACUCAGAUCCCUCUGCACUCAGAUCCCUCCGCACUCAGAUCCCUCUGCACUCAGAUCCCUCUGCACUCAGAUCCCUCCGCACUCAGAUCCCUCCGCACUCAGAUCCCUCCGCACUCAGAUCCCUCCGCACUCAGAUCCCUCUGCACUCAGAUCCCUCUGCACUCAGAUUCCUCCGCACUCAGAUCCCUCUGCACUCAGAUCCCUCUGCACUCAGAUCCCUCUGCACUCAGAUCCCUCCGCACUCAGAUCCCUCCGCACUCAGAUCCCUCCGCACUCAGAUCCCUCCGCACUCAGAUCCCUCUGCACUCAGAUCCCUCCGCACUCAGAUCCCUCCGCACUCAGAUCCCUCUGCACUCAGAUCCCUCCGCACUCAGAUCCCUCCGCACUCAGAUCCCUCUGCACUCAGAUCCCUCCGCACUCAGAUCCCUCGCACUCAGAUCCCUCCGCACUCAGAUCCCUCCGCACUCAGAUCCCUCCGCACUCAGAUCCCUCCGCACUCAGAUCCCUCCGCACUCAGAUCCCUCCGCACUCAGAUCCCUCUGCACUCAGAUCCCUCCGCACUCAGAUCCCUCCGCACUCAGAUCCCUCCGCACUCAGAUCCCUCCGCACUCAGAUCCCUCCGCACUCAGAUUCCUCCGCACUCAGAUCCCUCUGCACUCAGAUCCCUCCGCACUCAGAUCCCUCCGCACUCAGAUCCCUCCGCACUCAGAUCCCUCCGCACUCAGAUCCCUCCGCACUCAGAUCCCUCUGCACUCAGAUCCCUCCGCACUCAGAUCCCUCCGCACUCAGAUCCUCCGCACUCAGAUCCCUCUGCACUCAGAUCCCUCCGCACUCAGAUCCCUCUGCACUCAGAUCCCUCCGCACUCAGAUCCCUCCACACUCAGAUCCCUCCGCACUCAGAUCCCUCCGCACUCAGAUCCCUCCGCACUCAGAUCCCUCUGCACUCAGAUCCCUCCGCACUCAGAUCCUCUGCACUCAGAUCCCUCCCACUCAGAUCCCUCUGCACUCAGAUCCCUCUGCACUCAGAUCCCUCUGCACUCAGAUCCCUCCGCACUCAGAUCCCUCCGCACUCAGAUCCCUCCGCACUCAGAUCCCUCUGCACUCAGAUCCCUCUGCACUCAGAUCCCUCCGCACUCAGAUCCCUCUGCACUCAGAUCCCUCUGCACUCAGAUCCCUCUGCACUCAGAUUCCUCCGCACUCAGAUCCCUCCGCACUCAGAUCCCUCCGCACUCAGAUCCCUCCGCACUCAGAUCCCUCUGCACUCAGAUCCCUCCGCACUCAGAUCCCUCCGCACUCAGAUCCCUCCGCACUCAGAUCCCUCUGCACUCAGAUCCCUCUGCACUCAGAUUCCUCCGCACUCAGAUCCCUCUGCACUCAGAUCCCUCUGCACUCAGAUCCUCUGCACUCAGAUUCCUCCGCACUCAGAUCCCUCCGCACUCAGAUCCCUCCGCACUCAGAUCCCUCUGCACUCAGAUCCCUCUGCACUCAGAUCCCUCCGCACUCAGAUCCCUCCGCACUCAGAUCCCUCCGCACUCAGAUCCCUCCGCACUCAGAUCCCUCCGCACUCAGAUCCCUCCGCACUCAGAUCCCUCUGCACUCAGAUCCCUCUGCACUCAGAUUCCUCCGCACUCAGAUCCCUCCGCACUCAGAUCCCUCCACACUCACUCAGAUCCCUCCGCACUCAGAUCCCUCCGCACUCAGAUCCCUCGCACUCAGAUCCCUCCGCACUCAGAUUCCUCCGCACUCAGAUCCCUCCGCACUCAGAUCCCUCCGCACUCAGAUCCCUCCGCACUCAGAUCCCUCUGCCCUCCGCACUCAGAUCCCUCCGCACUCAGAUCCCUCUGCACUCAGAUCCCUCCGCACUCAGAUCCCUCCGCACUCAGAUCCCUCCGCACUCAGAUCCCUCCGCACUCAGAUCCCUCCGCACUCAGAUCCCUCUGCACUCAGAUCCCUCCGCACUCAGAUCCCUCUGCACUCAGAUCCCUCUCACUCAGAUCCCUCCGCACUCAGAUCCCUCCGCACUCAGAUCCCUCCGCACUCAGAUCCCUCUGCACUCAGAUCCCUCUGCACUCAGAUCCCUCCGCACUCAGAUCCUCCGCACUCAGAUCCCUCCGCACUCAGAUCCCUCCGCACUCAGAUCCCUCUGCACUCAGAUCCCUCCGCACUCAGAUCCCUCCGCACUCAGAUCCCUCCGCACUCAGAUCCCUCCGCACUCAGAUCCCUCCGCACUCAGAUCCCUCUGCACUCAGAUCCCUCCGCACCAGAUCCCUCCGCACUCAGAUCCCUCUGCACUCAGAUCCCUCCGCACUCAGAUCCCUCCGCACUCAGAUCCCUCCGCACUCAGAUCCCUCUGCACUCAGAUCCCUCCGCACUCAGAUCCCUCUGCACUCAGAUCCCUCUGCACUCAGAUCCCUCUGCACUCAGAUCCCUCCGCACUCAGAUCCCUCUGCACUCAGAUCCUCUCCGCACUCAGAUCCCUCCGCACUCAGAUCCCUCCGCACUCAGAUCCCUCCGCACUCAGAUCCUCCGCACUCAGAUCCCUCCCACUCAGAUCCCUCUGCACUCAGAUCCCUCUGCACUCAGAUCCUCCGCACUCAGAUCCCUCCGCACUCAGAUCCCUCUGCACUCAGAUCCCUCCGCACUCAGAUCCCUCUGCACUCAGAUUCCUCCGCACUCAGAUCCUCCCUCAGAUCCCUCCGCACUCAGAUCCCCUGCACUCAGAUCCCUCCUCACUCAGAUCCCUCCGCACUCAGAUCAAUCCUCCGCACUCAGAUCCCUCCGCACUCAGAUCCCUCUGCACUCAGAUCCCUCUGCACUCAGAUCCCUCUGCACUCAGAUCCCUCCGCACUCAGAUCCUCUGCACUCAGAUCCCUCUGCACUCAGAUCCCUCUGCACUCAGAUCCCUCCGCACUCAGAUCCCUCCGCACUCAGAUCCCUCCGCACUCAGAUCCCUCCGCACUCAGAUCCCUCUGCACUCAGAUCCCUCCGCACUCAGAUCCCUCCGCACUCAGAUCCCUCCGCACUCAGAUCCCUCCGCACUCAGAUCCCUCCGCACUCAGAUCCCUCCGCACUCAGAUCCCUCCGCACUCAGAUCCUCCGCACUCAGAUCCCUCCGCACUCAGAUCCCUCCGCACUCAGAUCCCUCCGCACUCAGAUCCCUCCGCACUCAGAUCCUCUGCACUCAGAUCCCUCCGCACUCAGAUCCCUCCACUCAGAUCCCUCCGCACUCAGAUCCCUCCGCACUCAGAUCCCUCUGCACUCAGAUCCUCCGCACUCAGAUCCCUCUGCACUCAGAUCCCUCGCACUCAGAUCCCUGCACUCAGAUCCCUCCGCACUCAGAUCCCUCCGCACUCAGAUCCCUCCGCACUCAGAUCCCUCCGCACUCAGAUCCCUCCGCACUCAGAUCCUCCGCACUCAGAUCCCUCCGCACUCAGAUCCCUCCGCACUCAGAUCCCUCCGCACUCAGAUCCCUCCGCACUCAGAUCCUCCGCACUCAGAUCCCUCCGCACUCAGAUCCCUCCGCACUCAGAUCCCUCCGCACUCAGAUCCCUCCGCACUCAGAUCCCUCCGCACUCAGAUCCCUCCGCACUCAGAUCCCUCCGCACUCAGAUCCCUCCGCACUCAGAUCCCUCCGCACUCAGAUCCCUCCGCACUCAGAUCCCUCCGCACUCAGAUCCCUCCGCACUCAGAUCCCUCCGCACUCAGAUCCCUCCGCACUCAGAUCCCUCUGCACUCAGAUCCCUCCGCACUCAGAUCCUCCGCACUCAGAUCCCUCUGCACUCAGAUCCCUCUGCACUCAGAUCCCUCUGCACUCAGAUCCCUCCGCACUCAGAUCCUCCGCACUCAGAUCCCUCCGCACUCAGAUCCCUCCGCACUCAGAUCCCUCCGCACUCAGAUCCCUCCGCACUCAGAUCCCUCCGCACUCAGAUCCCUCCGCACUCAGAUCCCUCCGCACUCAGAUCCCUCCGCACUCAGAUCCCUCCGCACUCAGAUCCUCCGCACUCAGAUCCCUCCGCACUCAGAUCCCUCCGCACUCAGAUCCCUCCGCACUCAGAUCCCUCCGCACUCAGAUCCCUCCGCACUCAGAUCCCUCCGCACUCAGAUCCCUCCGCACUCAGAUCCCUCCGCACUCAGAUCCCUCCGCACUCAGAUCCCUCUGCACUCAGAUCCCUCCGCACUCAGAUCCCUCCGCACUCAGAUCCCUCCGCACUCAGAUCCCUCCGCACUCAGAUCCCUCUGCACUCAGAUCCCUCUGCACUCAGAUCCCUCUGCACUCAGAUCCCUCUGCACUCAGAUCCUCUGCACUCAGAUCCCUCUGCACUCAGAUCCCUCCGCACUCAGAUCCCUCCGCACUCAGAUCCCUCUGCACUCAGAUCCCUCUGCACUCAGAUCCUCCGCACUCAGAUCCUCCGCACUCAGAUCCCUCCGCACUCAGAUCCCUCCGCACUCAGAUCCCUCCGCACUCAGAUCCCUCUGCACUCAGAUCCCUCUGCACUCAGAUCCCUCUGCACUCAGAUCCCUCUGCACUCAGAUCCCUCCGCACUCAGAUCCCUCUGCACUCAGAUCCCUCUGCACUCAGAUCCCUCUGCACUCAGAUCCUCCGCACUCAGAUCCCUCCGCACUCAGAUCCCUCUGCACUCAGAUCCCUCUGCACUCAGAUCCCUCUGCACUCAGAUCCCUCCGCACUCAGAUCCCUCUGCACUCAGAUCCCUCCGCACUCAGAUCCCUCCGCACUCAGAUCCCUCCGCACUCAGAUCCCUCUGCACUCAGAUCCCUCUGCACUCAGAUUCCCCGCACUCAGAUCCCUCCGCACUCAGAUCCCUCUGCACUCAGAUCCCUCUGCACUCAGAUCCCUCCGCACUCAGAUCCCUCUGCACUCAGAUCCCUCCGCACUCAGACCCUCCGCACUCAGAUCCCUCUGCACUCAGAUUCCUCCGCACUCAGAUCCCUCCGCACUCAGAUCCCUCCGCACUCAGAUCCCUCCGCACUCAGAUCCCUCCGCACUCAGAUCCCUCCGCACUCAGAUCCCUCCGCACUCAGAUUCCUCCGCACUCAGAUCCCUCCGCACUCAGAUCCUCCGCACUCAGAUCCCUCCGCACUCAGAUCCCUCUGCACUCAGAUCCCUCCGCACUCAGAUCCCUCCGCACUCAGAUCCCUCCGCACUCAGAUCCCUCCGCACUCAGAUCCCUCCGCACUCAGAUCCCUCCGCACUCAGAUCCCUCUCGCACUCAGAUCCCUCCGCACUCAGAUCCCUCUGCACUCAGAUCCUCUGCACUCAGAUCCCUCCGCACUCAGAUCCCUCCGCACUCAGAUCCCUCCGCACUCAGAUCCCUCCGCACUCAGAUCCCUCCGCACUCAGAUCCCUCCGCACUCAGAUCCCUCCGCACUCAGAUCCCUCCGCACUCAGAUCCCUCCGCACUCAGAUCCCUCUGCACUCAGAUCCCUCUGCACUCAGAUCCCUCUGCACUCAGAUUCUCUCACUCAGAUCCCUCCGCACUCAGAUCCCUCCGCACUCAGAUCCCUCUGCACUCAGAUCCCUCCGCACUCAGAUCCCUCCGCACUCAGAUCCCUCCGCACUCAGAUCCCUGCACUCAGAUCCCUCCGCACUCAGAUCCUCCGCACUCAGAUCCCUCCGCACUCAGAUCCUCCGCACUCAGAUCCUCCGCACUCAGAUCCCUCUGCACUCAGAUCCUCCGCACUCAGAUCCCUCCGCACUCAGAUCCCUCCGCACUCAGAUCCCUCCGCACUCAGAUCCCUCCGCACUCAGACUCAGAUCCUCUGCACUCAGAUCCUCUGCACUCAGAUCCCUCCUGCACUCAGAUCCCUCCGCACUCAGAUCCCUCCGCACUCAGAUCCCUCCGCACUCAGAUCCCUCCGCACUCAGAUCCCUCCGCACUCAGAUCCCUCCGCACUCAGAUCCCUCCGCACUCAGAUCCCUCCGCACUCAGAUCCUCCGCACUCAGAUCCCUCCGCACUCAGAUCCUCUGCACUCAGAUCCCUCCGCACUCAGAUCCCUCCUCACUCAGAUCCCUCCGCACUCAGAUCCCUCCGCACUCAGAUUCCUCCGCACUCAGAUCCCUCUGCACUCAGAUCCCUCUGCACUCAGAUCCCUCCGCACUCAGAUCCUCUCCGCACUCAGAUCCCUCUGCACUCAGAUCCCUCUGCACUCAGAUCCCUCCGCACUCAGAUCCCUCCGCACUCAGAUCCCUCCGCACUCAGAUCCCUCCGCACUCAGAUCCCUCCGCACUCAGAUCCCUCCGCACUCAGAUCCCUCCGCACUCAGAUCCCUCCGCACUCAGAUCCCUCCGCACUCAGAUCCCUCUGCACUCAGAUCCCUCUGCACUCAGAUCCCUCCGCACUCAGAUCCCUCUGCACUCAGAUCCCUCCGCACUCAGAUCCUCCGCACUCAGAUCCCUCUGCACUCAGAUCCCUCUGCACUCAGAUCCCUCCGCACUCAGAUCCCUCUGCACUCAGAUCCCUCCGCACUCAGAUCCCUCUGCACUCAGAUUCCUCCGCACUCAGAUCCCUCCGCACUCAGAUCCCUCCGCACUCAGAUCCCUCCGCACUCAGAUCCCUCCGCACUCAAUCCCUCCGCACUCAGAUCCCUUAG